AUUGUGUUGCCCUUUAAGAAGUUUCACUUUAAAAUAUCUUCUUUAAAUAUUUUAUAUACAUAUUUCCUUUGUUAAAAUGUGAAAUUCAUAAUUUAUUUAAUUAAUCUACUUCGUGUGUAAAAAGGAAUACUUUUAUUUUGCAUUAUAUCAUACUUCCUGUUUAGUCACUUCCUGUUAGUGUUCCUGGCUCUUUGUGGAAGCCAUGUCAGACAUGCGCUCUCUCGGACAAUCUAAGCCAUCCGCUUAAACUCAUCAUAGAGGCAAUGCCUUUUCACCAUAAAUGCUAAUAAGAAGAGUGACAGUAAAUGAUCAAACUUGCUACGACUCUGUCUUCAUUGGCUAUGGUUUAACUCUGUGUUUAGUCAGUCACAACACACUGCACGAGAACACUACAGUGAAAAGGCAGCUUUGAUGUGAAAGUGGUCAAGAUGUCCGCAAGCAGCAAGUCGUCUGUGCGCAGUGCUAGAAGUGGCAAGUCAUCUGCUUCAUCAGAGAGUGUAACCCGUGCUCGGGCCAGAGCCGAAGCUGCUAAAGUCAGAGCAUCAUACGCUAGCCAAGAGGCUAAACUGAAGAUAGAAAAGGCCACAAGAGAAGCGCAAAAUCAGCUAGAAACAGUAAAAUUAGACACUGAACUGGAAGUGUUAACACUACAACGAGAAGCUGAUGUAGCUGCUGUUGAGGCACAAGUACUGGAAGAUGCUGAAAUAGAAAUGCAUGCUGCAGCUGAAAAAGAAGAAUCCGAAGAGAAAGUAAAAAUUGAACGCACAAGUGAAUAUGUAAAUUCUCAAUUAAACCUUACAAGUCAUUUACCCUCUGCAAGCUUUUCAGCCUUGCCUAACGCUCCAGCAUCUCAUGCUGACAACAGCUUCAUAACAUGGAGUCCUCCAUUAAAAGACCCUCCACAUAAACAAUCUAUUAAUGACAAGCCAAAGUAUCAGGAUGCUGAUUUUGUACACUUACCUGCUGCAAACCUGUCUAGUCCAUCCACGGGUAUUAUAAAAUCUGAAGUUGACAGGACAAACCCCUCUAUGAACAUACAUGCGAAGCCAUAUAUUCCUCAGUGCAUUCCUCAAACUAGCACGCCACCCCAGGCAGAGCCUUUGGCGCAGUAUUUAGCACGACGUGAUCUUGUUUGUUCAGGACUGUACCAAUUUGACGAUAAGCCUGAGAAUUAUCGAUCAUGGUGUUCUUCAUUCACAAGUGCAGCUCGUGAAGUUAACCUCACAGCAACCCAGGAACUGGACCUCAUGACUAAAUGGCUUGGGAGGGAAUCUGGUGAAAUGGUGAGGCGCAUCCGUUCAGUGCAUGUCAGCAAUCCCAAUCUUGCAUUGUAUAAGGCAUGGGAAAGACUACGGGAGUGCUAUGCUGCACCAGAAAUCAUUGAAAGGUCACUAUUUCAGCGCUUGGACAGUUUUCCUCGGAUCACAGCUAAAGACCACAUCAAAUUACGUGAACUCGGAGAUUUGCUUAUGGAAAUCCAAGGUGCUAAAGAAGAUGGUUAUCUCACAAGCCUAUUGUACCUUGACACCUCACGUGGGAUUGCACCAAUUGUAGAUAAACUUCCGUAUGGGCUUCAGGACAAAUGGGUGACUUCGGGGUCAUGGUAUAAAGAAAGUCAUGGCCGUUUUCCUCCAUUUGACUAUUUUUGCAGCUUUGUGUGUCAUGAAGCGAAGAAGCGAAAUGACCCUAGCUUUAUGUAUCAAAGCAGUGCUAUGACAACUGUUAAAUCAGACAAAUUCACUGGGAAAAGUUUUCACACCAACAAACCCAUCUCUGUUCACAAAACAGAUGUGUGUGCAGUCAAGGAAGACCCUAACAAAAUCUGUCCAUUACACAAUAAACCACACCCAUUGAAAAAAUGCAGAACAUUCAGAAACAAACUCCUUGAUGACAGAAAAGCCUUCCUUAAGGAGAAAGGAAUAUGUUUUAAAUGCUGUUCCUCAAUUUCUCAUCACGCCAAGGAAUGUAAGUCUUUUGUGAAAUGUUUUGAAUGCAACAGCACUAAUCAUGAUACAGCGAUGCACCCUGGCCCGUCGCCUCAAGUAGUCAAAUCUCUUCCACCAUCACAAGAGGACGGCGGGGAGGGAGAGGAUAAUUCUGAUAUGACGUCUGUCAAUACAAGCUGCACGGAGGUUUGUGGUCCUGGUCAGUGGGGUCGCUCAUGUUCAAAAAUCUGCCUUGUAAAGCUGUACCCAAAGGGUAACAAGGACAUGGCCAUAAAAGCCUAUGUAAUUCUGGAUGACCAGAGCAACCGUUCAUUAGCCAGACCAGAAUUCUUUGAGCUGUUCAAUUUGGAGAGUGAGCCGUUCACAUAUAAUCUUAGAACUUGCUCUGGAACUGUAGAAACAUCUGGCAGGAAAGCAGAAGGAUUCCAGAUUGAGUCUCUGGAUGGCAGAGUUCUCAUAUCUCUUCCACCACUCAUUGAGUGUCAUGAAAUCAUGAACAAUCGGUUUGAAAUUCCAACUCCAAAUGCAGUUCUUCACCAGCCUCAUCUACGACACAUUGCCAAGUACAUUCCAGACCUAGAACCAGAAGCAGAAAUACUUUUGCUGCUAGGAAGAGAUGUGAUUAGAGCACACAAGGUCAGGCAGCAGGUCAACGGACCAAACAACGCCCCCAGGUUUGCUCAACGUCUGGACCUGGGAUGGGUGGUAAUAGGAGAGGUGUGCCUGGGUAAUGUACACAAGCCCACAGUUAACACAUUUAAAACCAGUGUCCUGGAAACUGGUCGUCACUCAAUUUUUCAACCCUGUACAAGCUUUAUGCAGGUCAGAGAGAAACAACAGAGCAGUGUGUUUAAAAAGGCAACUGAGAUGACACUUGGACAGACAGUGUUUUGCAAAACCGAGCAUGACAAUAAACCUGCCCCUUCUGUGGAGGACACAACCUUCUUGAAAAUUAUGGACACAAAUGUCUUCAGAAAUGAAUCUAACAGCUGGGUAGCUCCUCUACCAUUCAGAGAACCACGCCAACGCUUGCCAAACAACAAGGAGCAAGCUAUUAAUCGAUUCUCAAGCCUGCAACGAACCCUCAAGAGAAAACCUGAGAUGCAGCAACAGUAUGUGGAAUUCAUGGAAAAGAUCUUUACCAACGGACAUGCUGAGGUAGCACCACCACUAAAAGAAGAGGAUGAGUGCUGGUAUCUUCCCACAUUUGGGGUCUACCACCCCCAAAAACCCAAUCAGAUCAGAGUGGUUUUCGAUUCUAGUGCUUGUUACUCUGGUGUCUCUCUCAAUGAUGUGCUCCUCACUGGCCCUGACCUGAAUAAUUCCCUUGUUGGUGUCCUGCUACGUUUUCGGAAAGAGAGGGUUGCAAUCCUAGCUGAUAUUCAGCAAAUGUUUCAUUGUUUUUUGGUGCGUGAUGAUCACCGCAACUUUCUCCGUUUCCUAUGGUACAAGGACAACGAUGUCAACAAGGAAAUUAUUGAGUAUCGAAUGAAUGUCCACGUCUUCGGCAAUCGUCCAUCACCUGCCGUGGCAAUUUACGGACUACGGAGAGCCAUCAGAGAAGGUGCAAAAGAUCAUGGUGAAGAUACCAUAAAGUUUGUGGAAAGACAUUUCUACGUCGAUGAUGGUGUGGUAUCUGUACCAUCUGAAGCUGAGGCUAUCGAUUUGCUCCAACGAACACAGGCUUCAUUAGCUGAGUCAAACCUACGUUUGCACAAGUUUGCUUCAAACUCUCAGAUUGUUAUGGAAGCUUUUCCUCCUGAAGAUUGUGCUCCAGUGAUUAAGGACUUAGAUCUGAGUGGAGAAACUUCUCCCACACAACGGAGUUUAGGUCUGUUAUGGGAGAUCUCAACUGACACAUUCACCUACUCCACAUCCACCACUACCAAACCAUUCACCCGUCGUGGAGUUCUCUCCACUGUCAACAGUGUUUUUGACCCUCUGGGUCUACUGGCACCUGUCACGAUCCAGGGAAGAGCCCUUCUUAGAGAACUUACCUCUGAAAGUGCAGACUGGGACACAUCCCUUCCGGAGGUCAAACUAAACAAAUGGGUGGCCUGGAGAAGUUCUCUUCAAGAGCUAGAAAAGCUUCACGUCUCACGUACAUACACUAAAACCUCACUAACUGAAGCAGUGCAUACAGAAUUGUGUGUGUUCUCUGAUGCAUCAACCAAGGCCAUAGGUGCUGUGGCAUACCUGAAAGUGCUUCAGAAAGAUGGGCAAGUUGAAGUAGGGUUUGUUAUGGGCAAGGCGAAACUAGCACCCCUGUCUGAACCUACGAUUCCCAGGCUUGAGCUGUGUGCUGCUGUCUUAGCAGUUGAGAUGGCAGAUCUCAUUAAGGAUGAGCUAGAUCUGGAAUUAAAUGACAUAAAGUUCUUUACAGACAGCAAAGUGGUCCUUGGCUACAUUUAUAAUGAGUCAAAGCGAUUCUAUGUGUAUGUUCACAUAGAGUCCAGCGCAUCCGACAGUCCUCAAGACCUGAGCAAUGGCACUAUGUACGUACUGAGGAAAAUCCAGCAGAUCAUGCGUCGCGAUCCUUACCUGCAUCAUGCCUGGCGCAGACUUCCUGGUUCACCGGUCCCUCCUUCCUUCAACAGCCACCUGCAGAAAAAACAAAAUCAAGUAAAAUGUUUGAGCUAAUUGAGCCUGAGAAUGAUGCAGAAAUUCGUCCUCAAAUCCAAACAUGUGCUACUUACCUGGAGGAAGCUGGACUUAUAUCUACCAGAUUUCAAAGAUUCUCCACCUUCACCUCUUUAGUAAGAGGAGUAGCGCUUCUAGUUCAUGUCGCA